CCCAUGGCUUUGCGCUGCACAUUGCUGUCUGACACCACAGCACAAGGAACAACCGACCAAAUCCAGCUACAAUCAUGCAGUCUGCCGAAUCCAAAUUUAACAAAAAAAGCCUCCUCUUGGCUCUGAGGCGCUACAGCUCAACCAUCAAUGAUAUGGAGAAGACCGUUCUCUUGCCGACCUUGCUGAGAGACGUGCCGGCUGACGAGGUGUGGGACUGUGAAGCCGCAGAGGAGUCCUGCUGCGACCUGUACAGCAACUACCUAAUGCUCAAAGCCAUAAGGAACACAGUGGAGAGCGGCCUGGUUCCACUGGACGACCACAAAGCCAAUAACAACGCACUCAACAAGACCCUGGGGCCUCUCUUGGACACAGAUCCAGAAGUACUCUUCCGUUUUCACCUGAGUGGACUGUUUUCUGUGAUGAACGACCUCACCAAGAAGUCUCAGAGCCUUACUGAGAAGUAUAUGGACAUCGUUGGAGUGGCAAAUUGAAAAAAAUGUCAACUUCUGAUGUUUGUUAAGGCGUAAUAUAAUGGGCAAAGUCACCUUAACAUCUAAAUUGUUUACUUUCACUGCCCAUGUGUGUCUAACUUAAUAAAUAUGGAAUAAAAGUGUAUAACCUUAAACUAAUAA